AUGCGCUCCUUCAGCCAGAUCUUCACUGCCAUCUUCGCGCUCCUCUGCGCCGUCGCCUUCGCUCAAGAGGAGGGAUACGACGCCACUGUCUACAUCACCUCCACUGUCUACCGCGUCAACACCGUCACCAUGUCCAGCUCCGCACCCGCUCCCGGUUACACCCCCGCCAACAGCACCAGCACCAUCUCUGCUACCCACCCCACCAUCAUCCCCAGCUACAACGCUGGCAACGGUACUUCCGGUGUUGCGCCUACUGCUUCCGCUCCUACUGUUGGUGCGCCAUCUGCCAGCAAGCCUGCUGAGUUUGAGGGUGCUGCUGCGUCCAUCAAGGUCAACACCAUGGUUGUUGCCCUCGCUGCUGGUGUUGGCUACCUCGUCUUGUAA